GGGAGCGUUGGCGUAGUUUGCUCAUUAUCCAAUCUAGGGUUUCAUUAGAUUCUCUCUGUCUCUCUCAAUCACUGUUGAAGAGGAGCUCAUCUAUAAUCAAUCAUCUGCAGAUAAUCAUGACCGGGAAGGCUAAGCCUAAGAAGCACACAGCAAAGGAAUUAGCGGCUAAGUUAGACGCUGCAACCACCAAUCGCGGCGGAGGUAAGGCGGGGCUAUCUGACCGCUCCGGUCACGAUAAGGGCGGCCAUGCCAAGCUGGAGUGCCCGCUCUGCAAGGUUACUGCACCCGACAUCAAAUCUAUGCAGAUUCACCAUGAUGCCCGCCAUCCCAAGAUCCCAUUCGACGAGUCCAAGCUCAACAACCUCCACGCCAGCACCGUCGCCGACACCUCCAAGCCCAAGCCCGGCAUUCGCGGUAGCUUGAAGAAGUGAAUGUGCUCCGCCUGCUACUCUCGACGUAAUAUCAUACUGCUAUUGUUAAUCUUUUACUGUCUUGUUACGGCUACUGGCGUUUUCAAUAAUAAUUAUAUUGUGAACAAUGUGCCAUUACGGCUUUGUGUUGCUCUAGUUGUUUAUUCUGGUGUUUGGUAUUAUGAAUUUGAUGUCAGUUUAUAUUAUGUUGGUGAAAAUAUAGCUAUUGCUCUGUGCGCAUUAUCUAUUUAUUUAUCACAAUUUUUCUUUA